AUGGGUCUCGCGGUUCUCCCCCCAGAGGCUGAAGAGAUUCAUGUCAAAGCGACUUCAAACUAUGGCGUGGAGCCAGACACGGACAGCGAUGAGUCGAUGUACGACGACGAUGGGCGACCAUCAAAACGCCCUCGACUUACCUCUGGCAAUAUCGGACAUAUCGUGUUGCCUGGAGAGCUUGUCACAGAUGAGACGCAAUGGAUGAGAGGACACGGGACAUUCAUGGCCGACCUCUCAAGCACGAUUACUGCUACUCUAGCCGGCCCUCUACGAAAGACGAACAAACUACUCUCAGUCGCGCCACUCCGCGCAAGAUACACACCGGAAAUCGGAGACCUUGUUGUUGGCCGCAUCGUGGAGGUGCAGAAGAGCCGUUGGAAGGUAGAUGUUGCAGCACCGCUACUCGCCCAAUUACCCCUCUCGUCAAUCAACCUUCCCGGUGGAGUGUUAAGAAGACGCACUACUGCAGACGAGCUACAAAUGAGGAACUACUUUCAGGAGGGUGACCUGCUUGUUGCUGAGGUGCAGCAGAUUGGGGCCAGUGACGGAACGGCUAGUCUACACACGAGGAGCUUAAAAUAUGGUAAGCUGCGCAACGGCAUGUUCCUCGCUGUUUCGGGGACCGGCGGCGGCGGCGGCGUCGUCCGCAGCAGGAGACAGGUCUUCACGAUCAACAGUGGUGCUCAGGGGGGCGGCGAUGUCGACGUUAUCCUCGGGGUCAACGGGUAUAUUUGGCUAAGCAAACACAUCGAACAGGAAGAAACAAAGAUAGCGGGAGGUAUAAGUAUUUCAAACUUGGAUGAUGCUGUCAGCAGUGUCAUCUACUCUAGUCAAAACGACGAUAUUGGAGAGGGAACGAGGAGGGAGAUCGCAAAGAUCUCGGAAUGUAUCAAGGUGCUCGCGGAGGAUGGCGUCAGGGUCGAUGAAGACAGCGUGAUCAAAGCCUAUGAAGCUGCUGUCGAUGCCGAACUCUCUGGAACCGGCGAAAAUAGCACAGGAUUCAGCACUGAGGUCAGAAAACGAAUUGUUGAUGCUGCGUUACAUUGA